AUGAGCAAAGAUCAAUUUUUAUUUUCAGCUGCACUACCAUUGAACAACUCGUCAACUGGUUACUUUCGAACAGUAACAAACACUAAUAUAGAAAACUCGACUAUACUAUCAUCUCGGCAUAGAAAACGCGAGAACUUUCAAAAAGUAUUCCAAUCCACGAAUAAAAACAUUAACAAUAAUAAUAAUAUUAUUCACUCAAAUGAUUCGUUACCAUCACCUCCCAUGCAAAAACGUUCAUCACGUACUCCUCUUCAAAAAUCAUUGGAACAUCAUUCUUCUAUUAGUUAUGGAAGGCCGAAAUCUGCUGUACCAACAUCAAUGCGUGAAACGAGUGCAUUUCAUUCUGUACGUAAUUCAAAUAGUCAACAGCAACAAUAUAUUGCUUUAUUACAAAUGCUUAAAGCACAAGAAAUUCAACUUGAACAGCAAAAAAAUGAAUUAAAUGAAACACAAAAAGAGAUUGAAUAUUAUGAUUCGAUGAUUCAUCAAGGACAGAUCUAUCAAGAUAAUAUUCAACAUGAAUUACAAAUACUUGAAGAACAUGAACGACGACUUUUCGCUGAAUGUCAAACACUUGCUCAAGAAUAUUCAUCCGAUAAAUUAAACGAUGAGUUAGAAUAUCAGAAAGAAUUGAAUUCCAAUUAUGAACAUUUACAACAACAAUCAACACGUUGUUCGUCGACAUUAGAACAGCAAAUACAAAUGCAAGAACAAAUGCAAUAUAAUAUUCAACAGACACAUGAUGAAAUUGAACAAAUCAAAAGACAAUUCAAUAAUGAUCAAAAGGAAAUAAACCAAUGUUCGUAUGACCUUGACCGUUCGAAUUCUUCUUUAAAACAACAAGAAGAUUUACUGCAUAUGUUAACUCAACGUACGGAUGAUAUGGAACGUAUUCUUCAACAACGUCGCAAACGCAUAGUAGAAGUCGAACAUGAAGUAACACAGUUCGAUGAUUUGUUGUUAAAUAGUCUUGCUAAAUCACCAUAUCGUUUUCAUUCGAAUUCGUCCAAUGAUAUUAUGAAGCCGGGUCAUAUUCAAUUUAUGAAUAGUACUUUAUUAAAAUUAUGUCCAAGCGGAAUUUGGGUUUGA